AUGUUUCAGUUUCCUCUUCUACAGGAUUUCAUGGUACCAACAGUACAGAAAACCCUCAGACGAGCAAAUAGUAUGCGCCAAUUAGGUACUACUGAUAAUGCUCAAAUUCUUAUUUUUAUCGGAGAUAAUCCAUCUCAAAUUUUACAGGAAAACUUCAGUGAAGACCCAUUGAAGCUUUGGAAGUGCAGUCCUAGAUACUGUGAACUUACUCUUCAGUCUCCAAAAGAGAUUAUUCGAGUAAAACCAAUGAUCUAUACCAAACAAGAUAUAGAUGAAUUUGAAGUUCAAAUUUCAGAAUUGCUCGACAAAGGUCUGAUAGAACCAACUACCAGUCCACACUCCAGUCCAACAUUCAUGGUAAGAAACCAUUCUGAGAUAAAACGAGGUUUUUGGCAAAUCAUGCUAAAUGAAACCUCUAAACCCCUUGCUGCUUUUAGUGCACCAGCAGGCCAUUACCAAUGGACUGUUAUGCUUUUCGGUCUAUGCAAUGCACCUCAAAUCUUUUAG